UGAACGACUGGCCUGAAAUAUGCCAACGAUAACAAAAUGGCGUUCGCCAAGAUUCAUUCCCUUCGCAAUUUGACAUUUAAUUUAACAACAUUAGUGGCGAAAUAUCAACAAAACGACAUGAACAUAAUAAAACUGAUGCCUGCAGUCGUUCGAUCGAUUCCAUGUCGUAACUCGAGUUUUAGAAGUUCUAAACCAGUCGAAGAAGUUAGUAAUUUACCUGAAUAUGAAAUUAUUCCAAAUCCUCCAGAAUGGAAAUUUGUAGAGCAACUGUUACCCCUAAAGGCAGUGCCAAAUCCUAUUAUGAAAGAAUCUUACCCCUCAGGGUGGAAACCUCAAGAUCCAUCGUGUGUAAAUAAUCCGUACUAUAUUGCAAGAACUAGAAAUCAUAUGCUACCAGUAUAUUUAAAAUUAUCGCACAGAAAUUUGAGAAAACUGACUCAAGUAAAGAGAAUUCAAGGUGAUAUUUGGAAAUUAGCUUCAGAGUUGAAAGAAUAUACGGAACAAAAAAUGAAACGAAAGGUAGCAACACAAGUGAAUGAAUUAGCAGGUCAAAUAUUAUUAAAAGGUGAUUAUGUAGCUUAUGUCGAAGAGUAUUUAUUAAAUAAAGGUUUUUAA